GGCCGUGUGCUUUGCAUGCUGUACUGUUAUUGGACAUGAGCACAUGCAGGCACUCUCUCUUUGGAUAAUUACUGUACAAGAAAUUGGACGUAUAAUGUUUGAAUCAUCACACAUCUGAGGUGGAGGACAGCAGGCUGUGGCUUGAAGUAGGAAUGCCAAGUGACAACCGGUGAACAGGGGAGUUGAGGUGACCCGAGAAGAGAUGUCAUCUCCCGGGAAGUGAAGCCAUGAAUGCUGUGAAAUGCUCUGCGGUCCUGGUCAAUGGACCAGGGGACAGACAGUGUCCUGGAAACCUGCAGAGGACGACUAAGGCUCAAGGACACACUGCAAAGCUGACGGAGAGGAAAAAGAACGUACUGAAGAAGACGCUGCCAUCAACUGAGGGCCAGAGUGUCCUACAGUUAAGACUUCAGCAGAGGAGGACACGAGAGCAGCUGGCAGACCAAGGCAUCAUGCCUCUAAACCAUGGAAAGUUCCCUAAGCAGGAGGACUCUUAUGCGUUUGAGGAGGACAGCAGCAGUGAGAGUCUGUCUCCAGAGCAGCAGCACAGUGAUGAGUCGCAGGGCUCGGCCUGCCCUUCAUCAGAGGCUGCUGGCGGUACGCCCUCCUCCUCCUCACCUGCCCUCACCAGCCCACUACAGGGAGGAGUACCCCGAGACCCCCCUGCAGAUCAAAGCCAGGAUGAAGGGCUGUCUGCUGCCAACAACAGCCAGGCUUCCCCCCCAAUACCUCUCCCUGCUAUUGUCAAGUCCAAGACUUCAGACAAGAACCGACACAAGAAGCCCAAAGAUGUGAAACCGAAGGUGAAGAAGCUCAAGUACCACCAGUACAUUCCUCCGGACCAGAAGGCUGAGAAGUCCCCUCCGCCCAUGGACUCGGCCUACGCCCGACUCCUGCAGCAGCAGCAGCUCUUCCUGCAGCUGCAGAUCCUCAGCCAGCAGAAACACGCUCACACACAUCCACAGUCGCAGCAGUCGCAGCCGCACACACACGCUCACCAGACGCAGGCUCAGGCCCAGGCUCAGCAGCGGCAGCCCUCUUUCAGCUACCAGCCUCACCCACCCACCCACACACACAAAGGAGCCAGUGAGCAGCUGUCAGCUUGUAGCUCCAGCGGUCCAUCGAGCCAAGCCAACAGUAGCUCCUCCUCCCCGGUUAAGAACACAUACACCACCCACAGCAACAUGUCACCGGUCACACCUGGGCCCCUGCCAGCUAAUCUGGAUGACUUAAAGGUAUCAGAGCUCAGGCAGCACCUGCGUAUUCGUGGCAUGCCCGUUUCGGGCACCAAGACGGCCCUCAUCGAGCGACUCCGACCCUUCAAGGACUCCAACGCCGGCUCCUCUCCCUCGGGCUCCUCUGACAUCACCACAGUGACCUUCCCUGUCACACCUUCAGGAUCCCUGUCCUCCUAUCAGUCCCCGUCCCAGGGAGGCUACUACCCUUACCCCAGCACCUCGUCCACCCCUCCCAUCUCUCCGGCCUCCUCCGAGCUGUCCCUCAGCGGCUCUCUCCCAGACAGCUUCAGCGACGUGCCCAUGUCUUCGCCAACGCACUUCGCCCUGCAGCCGUCUCCAGCUCAGCUCAGCAUGGAGGACGGCCUGGGCAGGGGAGGAGCGAGGGUGGGGGAGGGUGGAGGUAUGGAUGGCAUGGAAGCUGAAAAAGAUAAGAUGCUGGUGGAGAAGCAGAAGGUGAUUGAGGAGCUGACGUGGAAGCUGCACCAGGAGCAGAGACAGGUUGAAGAGCUGAGGAUGCAGCUCCACAAGAGGAAACGCUGCUAUGGAGCAACACAGGACGCCAUCCCUCCUCCAUCUCACACCCCCAUGCACCACCAGCAGACUCCAGCCAUGAUGGGCCAGCACUUCUUUGGGGUGACUAUCAAGCAGGAGCCCAUGUCCCUGUCCUCCAGCUGCCCUCUGUCCUCUCCCAAACAGCUGAAGAGCUCUCCUGGCAGCAGCUGCAUGGAGGAUGUGGGACAUUGCAACAACCCCCUCUCCAAUAUGAGGGGCUCCGGUGGGCCACAAUGUAUGGACACUUCCUCUGGCAGCCCCUCCACAAUGUCUGCUUUCCUCAGUCCACAGUGCUCCCCUCAGGACUCGCCCAUCGGAAAGCCUUCGAGCCCUCAGCCUUCGUCUCCUAAUAACCCCUACCUGCUAUCACCUGCGCUGGGAAGAGACGGCUGCGGUCACCCACACCCCCACCCCCACCCCAAUAACAGAGCACGCAACAUGCAGAUGCAGCAGAAGAAUGGUGGCCAGGCAGUGAACUGUUCUUAUCCGUCUGACCAACGAGGCCUUCAGGGAGUCUUUCCCAACUCCAGCUCAGCCAAGCCCGACAACCACAACAUGCUGUCAAAGAUGUCAGUAGUGCCCUCUCCUCGGCAUGUUGGCCAAAAGUGCCAGGUCUGUCCCCCUGGCUUCAGUAGCUCAGAUUCAGAUGCAUCAGACUUAAGACAGCCCCCAUGCUAUGAGGAUGCAGUCAAGCAGCAGCUGACCAGAAGUCAGCAGAUGGACGAACUUUUGGAUGUGCUCAUAGAGAGUGGAGAGAUGCCAGCUAACGCCAGAGAAGAGAGGGAGAGGGCCUCUGUAACCAAAGUUGUGCCUCACAUUACUGUGUCCCCAGGGUGUCCCGGCCUCCUCAUCCCGAGGUUCCACAGACACUACGAACACCUGUCCCCCACCCAGCUCCCUUACGACCACUCUGCCAAUCACAUCACUGAGAGCCACUUAGAGAAUCUGCUGGGAGGUCCUAUUGUCCGAGGAGGGGAGGUGACCCUUCUUAAAAUGGCUAGCGAGGACGGGGGGCAGGAAGAUGAAGGGAACAGAGAAGGCGAAGGGUACGGCAGCCCCCACAACCACCACCACCACCCUCACCAUGCCCAGCAGGACAAACUUGUGACCAACAGAGAUCUGAUAGACACCCCUCUGUCACCCAUCAGCACCAAGAUGUCCGCCGUCUCCGAGGUGCAGGGGAUGGUCAGCAUGACUUUCAGCGAGACGCCGUGGGAGACGAUGGAGUGGCUGGACCUGACGCCUCCCAGCUCGGCCACGGCCUUCAGUAUUGCUCCACCCAGUGGUCCCAACAUCUUCAACACAGAGUUCCUGGAUGUCACAGACAUUAACUUGAACUCUGCCAUGGACCUUCACCUGGAGCACUGGUGAAAGCUACACGUGCUAUGACCAUACCAAAGAACGAUUGACUUCAGCUUCAGUCCAAGUGCCACAAUGUGCCUCUUUUAUAAUACAGUGGGAUGUGACAUGAAGCACUUUUAGCCAACAUUCAAAGACUACAGAAUGAUAUUUUGACUUAUUUGUUCCACUUCUCAGAUAUGAGGUUCUCGUGUUGUCAUCAUACCCAGAAUCCUGAAAGACUGUGCGCUUUUUUGACAUAAUCUUUGUCUUUUUUGGACGACGAUGUGCACAAAUGGCAAUACGUCUGACAGUGGACACAUGAAGGAUUGUCUAGAUAACGGAUUACAUGAUUACAUGCUUUAUACCAACACUUUAUGCAAUAUCAGUGUUACACCACCUGGACUUGAAGACACAUUUUGACAAUCAUUGUAUAUUUUCUGAGUCUGUUUGUAUUACUGGAAAAGACAUGAAAAGAUUUACAAGGUGAAUUAGAUUGCUUAUUGCGGCCAUUUUGUAAAUAUCUUAACUAUCUGUACUGACGGAGACAAGUUGACGUCUGCAUAUUUUGUCAGUGUGGGAGAGACACAAACCACAAAUCCAGAUUAUUAAUGUAAUCAGUUCAUCAUAUGAUGUAAAUAUGACAAAAUGAUCUCACUGUGCACCUCGAGCUGAAUACACUUUUGUCACAGUUUGCUUGAGCUUCCAAUACGUGUGUAGAAAUGGUUGUCAUUCCUUUGAAGGAUCUUUUUUUAAUACAAAUUUUCUCACUAUUUGGCGUAUUAAUCCACAGAAUAUGGAGAGAAAUUAAUGUCUUUGAAAAACCUUUGGUCUUAUCGGUUUUAAUCACCAGACAAACUGUGCCAUUUUUGCAACUUUUUAUUACUAUUUAGUUUUAUACAGGUUUCCCCUUUACAUUGUAUUAUUAAUUUCUUAUUCCAUGAAAGCUGUUGACAGAUAUUAAUAUAGAAAGCUCCAACAAAAUCAGUUUUUCAGGCGAAUGUUAAUGAAAAAUACGUCAUCUCUAUUUGUCCUUACAAAUUUCACCCUUUCUAUUCCCAGGCCAGUUAUUUAUUUUGUGUUUUUAUAUUUAUACUUGAUCCUGUAUUUAUACUGACAUUCCUUGCUAGAUUGGGGCUCUUUGAUUUAACGGGGAAAUUCCAGUGCUGCCAUUUUGACCGCGGACAUUUCUUGCUAAAUCAAUUCUCUUGAAAAUGUGAUACAAAGUGAAAGAGCCACAUCGAAAAGCCAUGCUUUCUUAAAUCACUUUUCUUUAAAGAAUCCUACGAAGUGGACAUGUCCAUCAUUAGCACUUGUGAAUAGGAAAAUGUAAUAUAUUCAGAUCUUUACUGUGAAUACUGCAUAUUAACACGGAGCCAGCCUACACACACACCAGUUACACUAACACACCUUUAAACCUUUUAGUUUUGGUCGGCAAUUAUCUCUGCUUCACACAUGUACAAACUUAAACGAUAUCUCAUCUAACUACCAGCAAGAAAGCAGAUAAAUAUACUUCCCAAAAUGCCAAAAGUUUGCUUUAAGUGGCCAACACAUGUAUGAUGUCUGUAAACCUGGGUCUCACUGUUCUGUUCAGACCAAAUGUUGCCUUUUUCCUGGUACUUAUGAAGUGUUGCACCUGUUAAAUGGGUUCUGUGGUUACAUGUAGGCUACGAAUGCCCAUCUUGAAUAUAUGACAAAGCUGAUAUUCUUCACUUCCUGUCUUCUGCUGUAAGAAUAUCUGCUGGCUUGCUUUACUAUUGUAAUAAAAAAACAGUAUUUGCCUGCAUCCCUGUAUACUACAGAAAGAAGAGCAAUAAACUUAUCACAGCAAAAUCA